AUGGAAUCCAUCUCGAAAGCAAGAGUUGACAACAAUGGAGAUGCAAUUGUUGCUUCCUACAGUGCAUGGCUGGAAAAGCAUCCUUCUGCCCUUGACUCUUUUGACCAAAUUACGAGUCUGGCUCAUGGGAAAAAGAUGGUCGUAUUUUUGGAUUAUGAUGGAACACUCUCGCCGAUUGUAGACGACCCUAACCAGGCUUUCAUGACUGAUGCAAUGCGUUCAGUGGUACGUGAAGUUGGUAAACAUUUCCCAACUGCAAUCGUCUCUGGAAGGUCUCGAGAUAAGGUAUUCGAAUUUGUAAAAUUAAACAAUCUCUAUUAUGCUGGAAGUCAUGGGAUGGACAUAUCAACCCCAUUAGGUUCUCUCAAGUACGAAAACCACAAGCAUCACACUAGGGCCAUUGAUGAGAAGGGCAAUGACGUUGUUAACUUCCGCCCAGCACAAGAAUUCUUGCCUAAAAUUCAAGAGUUAAAGAAGGUUUUGCAAGAAAUAACCUUAAAUGUAGAAGGUGCCGUUGUUGAAGACAAUAAAUUCUGCAUCUCUGUACACUUUCGACAUGUGAAUGAAGAGGUUGUUGGCAUCCUUAAGGAGAUGGUGGAAACCACAAUGGAAUCCUACGAAGGCUUCCGUAUAUCAGAGGGCAAAAAGGUAAUGGAAAUCCGGCCUACUAUAGACUGGGAUAAAGGCCGUGCUUUGCAGUAUUUACUUGACAAUCUUGGUUUUGACAAUUCUAGCGAUGCCCUCCCUAUAUAUAUUGGAGAUGAUAAAACCGACGAGGAUGCUUUUAAGAUGAUUAAGCGCAUUGGAAGAGGAUUUUCAGUAGUUGUUUCUUCUGCUCCGAAGGACACGAAAGCCUCAUACUCCUUGCGUGACCCAACCGAUGUCAUGUCUUUCCUAGUACGUUUAGGAAAGUGGAAAGGGAGCAUAUAA